CCACAAACCGCCCAAACGAACGCUAAGCGAGGCGUGAGCAAGAGCUUCCGCUUCGAGACGUCAUAAACGGCACCACAGACGUUACACACGCGUACUCGCACACGCGUACUCGCACACACACACUCGUACUCACACGAGAUCUUCCGUAUCGCCUAUUAACAGACUGCUGGGGAUGGGUGGCCAACACCACGCCCGGCCGCCUUUGUCUCCCCAGCGCUGAUGCUGUGCACACCGCACCAGACCGAGACCAACAUUCCCUGGCCACCUCCAAGGGCAUCCAAACGCGCGCGUCGCACCGCCCGCCUGCAUGUCGGGACGCCUCCGGAGGCAGAUGCCAGAAGGCGACCCUCGCCGCAGGCGGCGGCGGGGGUCCAACCCGGGGUGGGGGGCACGGGAGGAGGAUGACGGCAACGCGAUGACAGUCGCGGGCAGCACCACGAGCACGCGAGCCAUGGCGGAGUCACUGCGGCGCCUCGCCAACAGCGGUGCGUACGGAGCCCUGCAGGACAGGUUGGACUCCUGGCAAGACGACUUCCACGCCAACAGCAGCAAUGAAAAUUUGAGCCACUGCUGCGAGCUCAUCGAGAGGACCUCAAAGGUGCAGAAUCAGCUUUUGAACAUGAUGAGCAAUAAGACCAACCAAGGUGGGCCCACCGCCAGCGCCAAGUCACGUCUCCUGCCCUUGCAGAGCAGCGUCGCCGUCUCCCCGUGCGUAUCGCCCAACGCCAGCCUCACCCUCAUCAGGGAGACGGCGCAGAAGGAGCGGCAGCUGCAAGACCUGUGUGCGCGCCACGUGCGGGAGGUGGGGUCACUCGAGUCGGAACUGCGAUCUACGCGCCAGUCGCUGAGCAACGCCAAGCAGCGCUUGAAAGACAUGGCCGACGAGCUCGAAGCCUCAAAGGCCAAUUCAGCCUCCACCUACCUGGCGUCUGAGGAGGAGAUCCUUCAGCUGAGGGCGGACCUGCAAGCGGCGCGCGAGGAGGCCGAGGUGAACCGUCGCGAGCGCGAGGACAGCGAGAGGCAGGCGCGGUACCUGCAGGCCGAGAUGGCGACGCUGCAGCAGGAGAAGGCUCGCCUGCUGGAGCGCAUGUCGGGAUGGCUCUCGAUGCCUUGCCACGAGCGCAGCGCUCAGCCUCGCCGCAGGGCGUCUCCGACUCCCAGCUCCUCUCCACCUCGCUGGGCCCCUCCAGUCCGCAGCUCCUCCCUGCUUCGCAACCACAUGGCGACGUGCCCGCGCCACUCCGUCGCUUCGCGCCACGCCCACCUGCCGCUUCGUUUCAAGUCCGCCUCAAGAGACGGCCGUUUCGACGCGCGGAGCCCUCCGCCGCUGCCGCGACACCGCAGCGACGCGUAGACCCCACAGCGUGUCGCCUUCGUUGCCACCGUUGUGCGUGCGCUGUUCUCGUCACCCCUGUUGUAACGGCGGAGCUCCGGUCGACGCGUCGCGUUCAUCGCACUGUGCUGCCGCACGCUCGUCCGUCGUGGGCAUUUCACAGAAUUGUACCCGGAAAACAGUGAAAUGCGUCGAAGGCAGUGGUGGCGUAUGCAGCCGAUUCUAUGACGUCAAAUAAACUCAACUAACCCAC